AUGGUUGUCAAACAUUUCUACCUGCUGGGCGAGGCCAUCACCUUAGCUCGCCCAAUCGAGGUAGAGACAGCAGUCGACUACCAAGGGCUUCAACUCCUCAUUGCUGGUCAAUUUGCCAUCGUUGAGCCAAAUGGCAUCGGAUUCCAGUCAGAGGACUUGAUGCUGUCCACUCCCUCCGAGAUCCUCGCCAAUGAAGAACCCAUCGCCAUCUCAAUAGAAGGCAAGGCAGUACGGGAGAUUCCUGGUCCUACAGGACUGCCAUUCGUGGGAAACUUUUUCGAGGUCUAUCCCGAUCAUCUAGGAAACCACCAGCGUCUAUUUGACCAAUAUGGACCCAUCAUUCAAACCACCAACAUGGGCCGGACGGUCUACCACACCAAUGACCCCGAGCUAUCGGCCAUCGUUUUUGCCGAGUCUGAUUUCUUUACCAAGAGGAUCAACGAGGCGCACCCUUUACACCCGAUUAAGAACCAACAGGCCGGUGUGUUUUUAGGUGAUACCGAUACACCUGAAUGGCGCGCAGCACACAAGUUCCUCCCGCCAGCGCUGGGACCGAAAGCAGUGCGCCACUACGCGCCCACUAUGCAAGAGACCGUCGAGGAUGCAUUCAGUGUGUUCGACGAGCUAGACGAGCGCGGCGAGGCUUGGAACGUCUACCCGUACAUGCUGAAGCUCGGUGCGCAGGCCGUGGGUAAGCUGGUUCUCGGCAUGGACUUUAAGCAUUUCUCUGCCGUGGAUGCACCACCCCAUGAACUUGUGUGCCGAAUUGCCGAGUCGCUGGAACUGAACAAGAAGGUGACCGCCCGUGGUGAUUGGUACGCUAAGUUGCCUUUCGGUGACCCGAAACGCCUACGGGAUGCUCGCUAUCGUAUUGUUGAGAUGGUCAACGAGUCAAUUCAGAAUGCUUCUCAGAAUGGAGUCGAGGAUCUCCCGUUGCAGGAUGCUGCAUUGCAGGCCUCUAACAUGAUUGAUUAUAUUAUUCGCGCCACCGAUAACAAGGGCGAAAAAUUGCCCAAGACAAGUCUGAUGGAGGCACUAGUAGUAGCCACCGGCGCUGGGUUUACCACUACUAGCUCAUUGUUGUCGUGGCUGCUUUAUUCGCUAGUCAACUAUCCCGGUAUGCAGGAGAGACUCCUGCAGGAAUUGAUUGACAACGAUAUCGACGCCGAUACCCUAAUGACUGCAGACCUGACGGAUCGUCUGACAUUCUUGGACAAGUUCAUUAAAGAAACCCAGCGCCGUCAUAACCCCUCAUACCAGCCUGCGCGCACUGCCAAGGUCGACAUGAUUCUUCCAGGAGGAUACAAGCUCCCCGAAGACUCUAUCAUCAUCCCUGCCCUCCACCACAUUCACAACAAUCCAGCAGUCUGGUCUAACCCAGCACGGUUUGAUCCAGACCGUUGGGAUACAGCGGAAGUCAAAAACCGUCAUAAGACUGCGUAUAUUCCCUUCGCUGCUGGACCCCGUAUGUGCAUUGGGUUCAACUUUGCAUUGCAGGAAGUCAAAGUGUUCUUGCCCAAAUUGUUAUACCGGUACAAGUUCACGAAAGAGAAUGAUGGGCCGGUCGAGUACGAUCCCAUGUUCCAGUUGAUUCGUCCUACGAACUUGUAUGUGCGGGCGGAACGACGGGUGAAAUGGCCUCCCAAGACUGAGCAGUGA